AUGGACUCGGAGGCGGAUCAAAUCUCCAAAGAUAUUCGAUGUCCAAGAUGGAAGUUUUAUCUGACCAAAAUCGAGUCCGAGUUCGAUAUGUGUCGACUUGUACUUGGCGAGCAGAGUAUAUCCAAAGGAUGCCGGAUCGAAUUCAAAGUGGUGAAGGUCCCAGUAGGAUGA